GCCCCACUGUCAUAAAAUCUUUAAUACAAUUUGAUUUCUUUCCCUUUUCAGAAUCUCCAUUUUCCCAUUUUCGAGGACUAUUUUAGUUAAGGCACGAGUUUUUGGUAAUUCAUGAGCUAUUCUUAGACGAUGAACCAAGAAUCCGGAGGUUGAAGCUUGAGAUGGUGAAGGGUUCAUCACUGAUACGCAAAGGUUAAAGGGUAAAUGAUGGGAAGAAGUCUUAGCCCUAUACUUAGGAAAGAGUUGGAGAAUCUUGACAAGGAUGCAGAUAGUAGAAAAUCAGCCAUUAAAGCUUUGAAGUCAUAUGUGGGAGAGUUGGAUAGCAAGGCGAUCCCCCUCUUUCUUGCCAAGGUUUCUGAGACCAAGGAGACGGGUACUUCAUCUGGUGAAUGCACAAUCUCGCUUUAUGAGGUUCUUGCUCGUGUCCAUGGACCGAAAAUCCUCCCUCAGAUUGAUAACAUCAUGGCCACCAUCAUCAAGACCUUGAGAUCGAGUGCAGGGUCGUUUGCUCUUCACCAGGCUUGCUCGAAAGUGGUGCCAGCUAUUGCUAGGUACGGGAUGGACCCCACAACUUCAGAAGAGAAGAAGCGGUAUAUCAUUCACUCUCUUGCUAAGCCCCUUUCAGAUUGUCUUUUGGCCACUCAGGAGGGCUUAUCGUCGGGAGCUGCUCUAUGCUUGAAGGCUCUUGUAGAGACAGACAAUUGGCGGUUUGCUUCAAAUGAGAUAGUGAAUGAGGUCUGCCGAACUGUUUCUGGGGCAUUGGAAAAGCAUGCUCAGGCGGGUCCCCACAUGGCCCUCGUAAUGUCUUUGGCUAAACACAAUAGGUUACUUGUUGAAGCCUAUGCCAGAUUGUUGAUACGAUCUGGAUUACGUGUUCUGAAAUGUGGGAAUGGGGAGGGAAAUUCUCAAAAACGUUUGUUAGCCAUUCUUAUGAUCACCUCCCUGAUGAGGUGUUUGGACCCCAGAAGCAUAUUUUCUGAGCUGGGAAUGGUUAUUGAACACCUGGUGAUGUGUCAAUCAGAUAAGAUGCAAUUUGUCAGAGGAGCAGCAUUUGAAGCACUUCAAUUGGCUAAAAGAAUAUGUUGUGAGAAAGGCUCAAAUUUGGAAAAGGGCAUCGAGCCAACCAAUGGCUCAAAUUUGUGUGAAUCCGAUGAUCAGUCACCUAUAACUACAUCACCCGAAUCAGAGACUGCUGAUUCACUUCUUUCGUUUGAUCCUAUACUCGACUCCUCAAAUUCAACCAGUUUGAUCUCUCGAGAUUUGGGUAGUGAUCAAAAGAGUGUGAAGAGGAGACUUUGGAGAAGGUGUGGAAAUGGCGCCCUUAAAGAAGAAAUUUUGUCACAAGUUGCCCGCCAAAUUGCCAUUCAGAACUCUGAACAAGAUGAGCUUACUACCAAUCACGGUGACUAUAGUGAUCUAUUUGCAGGGUAUUUUCCAGGAAAUGGUCGAAAUGGAUUUGUCAGGAACAGAACUCCCAGUCCACAGAGGUCACGCUCUCAUAUUAAACCUGAAAAUUUAGCAAUCUUUAAUCAUAGCAGCUUGGAUUUUCUUGGAAAGAACACUCGUCCUUCUUCGUGCAAAUUGGAGUCCCCUAGGAGGUACAGGGAAAACGGGGAAAUAAAAUCAUCUGUUGAAAGCGAACAGGCUCAUCGAAGCUCAGAAUCAACAUCUUCUUCGACAGAAGAUGCGUUGGCUGAUACUGAAUCUCAAUGCUUCACCAAGGCUGAACCUGAAAGUAAGACAAAAUCUGAAGGUGCGUAUACUCAACAGACUUCAAAAUGCAAAAUGAUCUGUGGGGUUUUAGUUGCUGUGCUUUCCAUUCUUGCAUUUUUGUUGUGGGAUGAGGAUCAAGAUGGGUUUUACAACCUCGUACCCACCUAAAUUUUGUGGUAUGCUAGAACUUAGAAUUGGAUUUUUGUUGCACCAUGAGAGUUGGAAGCUGUUCUGUACUUUGAUUAGGAUGUUUUCUCAAUCUGUCCACUUUUGCUUCUCCAAAAACAUUCAGGUUUCAGCAUCACAAAUCACAUGCAACUAUGUCAUUCUGACAAGUACAAAACAGCUAUGGGCAACUUAGGUUGGUUUAUCUCCUUA